AUGGCCCUGAUCAGACGCUUUUCCUCCAUGAUCCAGAACACUUUGAAAAACAAAACCUUGUUCCGCACCCAAGGCUACAUCAAUGGCCAGUGGGUGCUGCUGGACUCGACCAUUGACGUGUACGACCCGGGUUUGGUUCCUAAGCCUGAGGCCAAGAUCGCACAGGUGAGCUCUUUUGCAACCAGCGAUUACGAAAAAGCCAUUGAGGCCGCCCAUGAGUCGUUCAAGUCUUUCAGAAAGACCAGCGGCAGAGAGAGGGCUGGCUUGCUUGCGAAAAUGCACAAGUUGAUGAUGGACAACCAGGACGACUUGGCUAAGCUUAUCGUGGUGGAAAACGGCAAGCCAUACGCUGAUGCCUUUGGCGAGGUUGCCUACGCUGCUUCUUUUUUCCAAUGGUUCAGUGAAGAGGCUGCUCACGUCACGGGCGACAUUAUCCCGCUGGCCAACGCUUCCAACAGAAUCUUGUCUAUCCGUCAGCCUAUCGGUGUGUGCGGCAUCAUCACUCCAUGGAACUUCCCAGCCGCCAUGAUCACCAGAAAAUUGGCUGCUGCCGCUUGCGUGGGCUGUACUACCGUGAUCAAGCCUGCUUCUGAAACACCAUUGACCGCUUUGGCGUUGGCCCACUUGCUGGAGGAAGCUGGCUUCCCUAAAGGUGUGGUCAAUGUGCUCACCUCCAAAAGCUCUUCUGCUGCUGGAAAGGCCAUUUGCGAGCACCCAUUGGUGAAGAAGGUCACGUUCACGGGAUCUACCGGUGUUGGUAAGGUGUUGAUGCAGCAGGCAGCCUCCACCUUGAAGAAGUGCUCGUUUGAGUUGGGCGGAAACGCUCCAUUUAUUGUGUUUGACGAUGUCGAUCUCGACAAGGCCAUUCAGGGCGUUCUUGCCUCCAAGUUUAGAAGCUCCGGUCAGACGUGUAUCUGCGCCAACCGUAUCUUUGUUCACGAGAAUAUCUACGAUGAGUUUGCCAAGCGUCUUGUUGCCAAGUUGAAGGAGGUUGUCACUUUGGGCUACGGUUUGGACAAGGGCGUCACCCACGGUCCCGUCAUCAACCCUAAGUCCUUGGAAAAGGUACAGGAGCACAUUAAGAACGCCACCGACCAUGGUGCUAAGCUUUUGCACGGUGGUGAAGUCAGACCUGACCUUGGUGAGUACUACCACGAGCUCACAGUCUUGGGCGAUGUCACCAAGGAAAUGGAGAUUUUCAACGACGAGACCUUCGGUCCUGUUUGUCCCUUGAUUAAGUUCAAGACCGACGAAGAGGUGCUCGAAUUGGCAAACGACACUGAGGUUGGUUUGUCUGGAUACUUCUACACCAACGACGUGAGCCGUGUGUUCAGAAUCGGUGAGGGUUUGGAGGUUGGCAUGAUCGGUGUCAACACUGGUGCCAUCUCAGAAGCUGCUCUUCCUUUCGGUGGUAUCAAGGAGUCUGGUUUCGGCAGAGAAGGCUCCAAGUACGGUAUUGAGGAUUACACCAUCGUGAAGUCGAUGGUUGUCGGAGGUAUUUAG